AGGCGUAGAAAAAGUUUCAUCAACUGCCGCCAUUUUGCCUGUUUGAGGUCGCGUCGAAAUUGACACGAAAUCCUUUGGUUUCGGAGUUGUAUGUAAAUUAAAGCAGUCAUUUUCGAUCAAAAGUAGUUUAUAUUAGCGUCUAGUGAAACAAAACGCAUAUGGAUUGUUGAAAAAACCGCGGAAGUGCGAUAGUGAAGUGCGAUUUGUUUGAGAUCAUUGUGUGGUUCGUCAGAGAUGGUGAUAGACAUCGCGAAGUUGUGUAGUCUACCAGCCGGACUAUUCGACAUUCAUGAUGGCUGAUGGUUGACUCUAAUCUGACAAAUAUGUGCCUUGUGAGAUGCAUCGACGGUCGAAGACUCAAUUUAUCGACUUACGGCACCGUUUCUCUCAUAUUUUCCGCGGAAUAUGAUGAUUUAUGUACUUAAGUCGCGAUAAAUAGUGGUUGGAGUGCAGUUCCUUUGGUCAGUCGCAGCUUUGGGCCAGUGGCUACGGCUUUAGCUUUGUAAACAGAACGCUGCACUGUGGUAUAGGAUGGCCGAUCAUCUUGUAGACGGGCCACCGAAUGCCAAAAGGCGAAAACUGGACCCUUUCCCGGGGCCGUCCGACACCUCCGCUUUCAACAACUACGGUUUGGGGUCUACACAAUCUGGUCUGUGUGAUGGUGUGUCCAAUCCGAGACACCAAUGGAACUUUAGCCACACUCAAAACGUGCUUUCAAAUAUGGACAUGUUUGACUUAGAAAAUGAUCUCCCAGAUGAACUUAUCUCUUCCAAUAUAUCUUCAAACUCAUGGAACCUUACUGAGAAUAUUGGGAAUCCCAAACCCCCGGCUCAAGGACCUGGUCCAGGUCUCCAAAAUGGGAUUGAGAACGUCGACGCUAACAAUUUAAGACAGAUGCAGAUCAAUCAUAUGCUUCAGCAGAGCAAUAAGGGACUGGUUAGUAAUGCUCUAUUGCCUGGGGGUCAGUUGGGCAGCAAAAGUCCCAAUUUACAAUCUCCCCCCAAUGUGUCUGUGGCAAAGAGUGUCGUGGUGGAUCAAAUGAAUCUUGGCAGUUUGCCCUCGAGCAUAUCGAACACUUCAGUGCUUCAGUCAGUAGCAAAUAAUGGAAGCAGCCCUCAGGUUAUGAGCUCAAUACCAGGGUUGAAUAAUAGCGCUACCAAUAGCAUGAUAAUGACCAACAGCAGCAUAAGCUCAUUGGGUAACAUGGCCGGAGGCGGCCUCGUGGUUACCAGUGGAGCAGUGAGCAAACCUCAACUCUCAAAUACUCCGAACUUAAUGACUAACCAACCACACCUCCAGGGGAACCAUAAUGUUCCUCAAAGCCUUCAAAAUGGACCUAUGAUUAAUCGAGUUGCUCAUAUGCACCAACGAGCCCCAGGUCCCCAUGGCAUUCACAUUGGAGCGAGACUUCAAUCGCCUAAUGUUCUCCUGGGUGGACCAGUCAAUCAGGGAAUACCUGGCAAUACUCCUUAUCAAUAUGCUAAUCCAAACACUGGUCAAAAUGUUCAAGUUGGAGUUGCACCACAACAAAAGAUAAACAUACCGGGAACCAGUCCUCGUUUUGGAGGACCUCCAGCCGGGCCGGUGGGGCCUAUGAGUUGUGGAGGAGAUGGGGGACUAGUGCAAACUCAGCCUCCUGCACCGUCUCCAGCUCAACCACAGUCAGGCGCCCCUAGUGGAUCUCAGCCUGGUCCCCAGCAGGCAACACAAAACCAAACUAAUCAACCUGGCGCUCCUCCCGCGCCCUCUACUGAUCCGGAGAAAAGGAAGUUAAUCCAGCAGCAGUUAGUGCUCCUGCUCCAUGCCCAUAAAUGUCAACGAAGAGAAUCAAAUCAAGCUAACGGGGAGGUCUGGACAUGUACAUUGCCGCAUUGUAAAACGAUGAAGAACGUACUUAAUCACAUGACCACAUGUAACGCGGGCAAAAGCUGCUCUGUGGCACACUGUAGUUCAUCUAGGCAGAUCAUCAGCCAUUGGAAAAACUGUAUCCGUACAGACUGCCCCGUGUGCCUACCUCUCAAACAAGCCGAUAAAAAUAGAAAUAAUCCGGCCACGGUGCCGACCCAAAAUCCGCCUCAACCGCCGCCCACUAACCCUUCCGAAGCGCAAAUGAGACGUGCUUACGACGCCUUAGGCAUUCAAUGUCCGACUACUAUGUCGGGACCGAAUCCCGCAGGGCUUAUACCCGCCGCAUGCCAGCCGAGAUCGGGACUUCGGUUACCGAUUAACGCUAAUCCAAACUUACAAAACAGAUGCGCGACGGGGGUCUUGCGGGUCGGUCCAACUGGUGCGGCACCCAACGUGAGCCUACCCCUAGGAAGCGAUCCUGCCGCGAACGCUGUCGCGCAGGCGCAAGGCGUCAGUCAAACUGCUGCGAAUUUGCAACAAAGCGUUAACAACGUUAUGUUCGGGCUAACCAGUGGGGCAGAGGGUGCAAAUCAAAAUCUAGUAAACCAAUUGCCCGGCGGUCUCCAGCCAAGUCAGGUAACUGCAUCUCCCGUAUCGGGAACCAAAGAAUGGCACCAGUCAGUAACGCCCGACUUAAGGAACCACCUAGUUCAUAAGUUGGUUCAGGCAAUUUUCCCCACUCCUGAUCCGCAAGCCCUUCUUGACAAGCGCAUGCAUAACUUGGUGGCGUAUGCGAGGAAAGUCGAGGGUGAUAUGUACGAAAUGGCCAAUAGCCGGUCGGAAUACUAUCACCUCUUGGCCGAGAAGAUUUAUAAAAUUCAAAAAGAACUUGAAGAGAAAAGACAGAAGAGGAAAGAACAGCAGAUGCAGCAACAGCAGCAGCAGCAGCAACCUAUAAGGCCAAACUUGCAGGGCAUUGUGAGGUCGGCAGUGCCCAGUUCUAUCGUGCCGCAGCAACAGCUUCGCAGCGGCUCUCCCACCAUCAGUGCCAACAGUAUUGGAGGUUUGGGAGUUCUGAACCAACAGACAAAUCAGAUGGUGUUCCCGGUACAGCAAACGAGUGCGGCCACUCAGCAAAAUCAAAUUCAACAGCAGAACGUUGUUGGGUUACCGGGACCCAGUCCGACUACGUCUAACCCGGGUCUAUCACCGUUCAGUAAUCCCCUCUCGCAAAGCAGCACAUCGGCGGGGAACAGUCAGUUUGUGACCAAUGGUCCAGUCAGUUUGCCUCAAAUAUCUCCCGCUGGCACAAACCAGCAGAAUCAGUUCAAUGAACUGUUAAAGCCUAAUAGGAUCACCCCGUCCCCAUCCAGCUUUAUUCAACAACCUCAGCAACAACCGACUGCUCAGCCAAAUCAGUCGACGCAGCAAAACGGGACCCCAAGGCUAUCUAGCGAAGGGGUCACGACGCCGCAUGCCGUGACUGGUCCAAAGUCUGUCAACUCUUCCAGGGGUCCGUCGCCAGCGCCUGCUACUCCUAUCCAAGCAUCGCCAGCAACUGCGGCAAGCUUAGGUAAAGGAAUGAGCAAUGCUGAAAGGGCGGCGCUCAAUGCGCCCCGAUCUUCUUCUCUAUCAUCACAGAUGGCCGCCGUGAUGGCGGCCGCGGAACAAAACGAAGACUCGCCUUCACCUUCGGGUGGCACCAAAGGCAAACUAGACCAAAUAAAAAUGGAACCAAUGGAAAUUAAGCAAGAACCUGAAAGUGAACUGAUUGACAACCAGAACGAGAACAGUUCUGGUGGUAAGAACAUGCAGGAGGUUAAAAGCGAAAUUAAAACGGAAAUUAAAUCGGAAUUUCUACAUGAGAACGGGUCGAAUGUGGUUAAGGAUGAAAAGUGCUCAAUUAAAGACGAUACUCAAGGGGAUGGCUCCAUGGAUAUGAAACCCCAGAUUUCGGAUACAGCGGCGUCAUCAGGCGGCGAAACCGGAAAGAAAGUUAAAGUUUUUAAACCAGAUGAGUUGCGUCAAAAGCUAAUGCCGAUAUUAGAAAAAUUGUAUCGGCAUGAACCCGAGAGUAUACCUUUCCGACAACCGGUCGAUCCUCAGUCGUUAGGCAUCCCUGAUUACUUUGACAUUGUGAAGAAACCCAUGGACCUGUCUACCAUCAAACGAAAACUGGAUAUUGGGCAAUACCAAGAUCCGUGGGAGUACGUCGACGAUGUAUGGCAGAUGUUUGACAAUGCCUGGCUCUACAACAGGAAAACGAGCCGCGUCUAUCGGUACUGCACGAAGUUGUCGGAGAUUUUUGAACAGGAGAUUGAUCCCGUAAUGCAGUCCAUGGGCUACUGCUGCGGCAGGAAGUACACAUUCAAUCCUCAAGUACUCUGCUGUUAUGGGAAACAGUUGUGUACCAUUCCUAGGGAUGCCAAAUACUAUAGUUACCAGAACAGUUUAAAGGCCUAUGGUCUUGGAUCUGAUAGAUACACGUUUUGUCAGAAAUGUUUUAAUGAUAUUCAAGGAGACACAGUCACUUUAGGUGAUGAUCCCACGCAAGCGCAGACGGCAAUAAAAAAAGACCAAUUCAAGGAAAUGAAAAACGAUCACUUGGAGAUGGAAGAGUUCGUUCACUGCACGGAUUGCGGGCGCAAACUGCACAAGAUUUGUGUGCUUCACCAUGAAGCGAUCUGGCCUUUGGGUUUCGCGUGCGAGGAGUGUCUCAAAAUGAAGAACAUGAAGCGGCGCGAAAAUAAGUUCAACGCGAAACGAUUGACGGUCACGAAUCUGGGCAUUUACAUCGAAAAUCGGGUGAACAUAUUCCUGAAGAAAAAGGAAGCGGGAGCGGGCGAAGUGCAUAUCCGGGUCGUGUCAAGUAGCGAGAAAACCGUCGAGGUUAAGCCCGGGAUGCGCGGAAAGUUCGUCGAGUCGGGUGAAUUGUCGGCUGAGUUCCCUUACCGGGCGAAAGCUCUCUUCGCGUUUGAAGAGAUCGACGGCGUCGACGUGUGUUUUUUCGGUAUGCACGUCCAGGAAUACGGGAGCGAGUGUCCUGUGCCCAAUACGCGUCGCGUUUACAUCGCGUAUCUCGAUUCGGUGCAUUUUUUUAAACCAAAACAGUUUAGGACCGCUGUGUAUCACGAGAUCUUGCUCGGUUACUUGGACUAUGUUAAACAAUUGGGAUAUACUAUGGCACAUAUAUGGGCAUGUCCGCCCAGCGAGGGCGACGACUACAUCUUCCAUUGUCAUCCGCCCGAUCAGAAAAUACCAAAGCCGAAACGCCUACAGGACUGGUACAAGAAGAUGCUCGACAAGGGCAUCAUCGAGAGGAUAAUCGUCGACUAUAAGGAUAUUCUCAAACAAGCAAUGGAAGACAAUCUUAGAUCAGCGGCGGAUCUUCCGUACUUCGAGGGCGAUUUCUGGCCCAAUGUUUUAGAAGAGAGCAUUAAAGAGCUUGAUCAAGAAGAAGAAGAGAAAAGGAAACAAGCUGAGGCUGCUGAGGCUGCGAUCUUUUCUUCGAUGGAGGAGAGUGAGGUUGGACCAGACGGCAAGAAAAAAGGUCAGAAAAAGGCGAAGAAAAGCACAAAAUCCAAAGCAAACCAAAGGAAAAACAGUAACAAAAAGUCGAAUACCCCUCAAACUGGCAAUGAUCUGUCUGCCAAAAUAUUCGCCACUAUGGAAAAACACAAAGAAGUAUUCUUUGUUAUCCGAUUGCAUUCUGUUCAGUCAGCUGCCAGUUUAAAGCCAAUCCAAGACCCAGAUCCGUUUAUCGCAUGCGACCUUAUGGACGGUCGCGACGCUUUUCUCACCCUCGCUCGCGAAAAGCAUUUUGAGUUCUCGUCGCUACGUCGCGCCAAAUACAGUACAAUGUCAAUGUUGUAUGAGCUGCACAACCAAGGCCAGGAUAAGUUUAUUUACACGUGCAACUCGUGCAAGUCCAAUGUCGAAACCCGCUACCACUGUACGCAAUGCGAGGACUUUGACCUCUGCGUGCCAUGCUAUGAAAAAGAGGGCCACCCGCAUCGCAUGGAGAAACUUGGCUUGGGGCUGGACGAUGCUAGCUCGCCAAGCGACAACAAGGCCAAUCCAAAUGAGAUCAGGAAGUUGUCAAUCCAGAGGUGCAUUCAAUCAUUGGUGCACGCCUGUCAAUGCCGAGACGCCAACUGCCGAUUGCCCAGUUGUCAGAAGAUGAAACGCGUGGUGCAGCACACAAAAGUGUGCAAGAGGAAAACAAACGGUGGUUGUCCUAUUUGCAAGCAACUUAUUGCCUUGUGCUGCUAUCAUGCUAAAAAUUGCCAAGAGACCAAGUGCCCAGUGCCAUUCUGUCCGAAUAUAAAGUACAAAUUAAAGCAACAACAGCUUCAGCAAAGAUUACAACAAGCCCAAUUGCUGAGAAGACGUAUGGCGGUUAUGUCGAGGACCACCCCUACAACCAGUGCUAUGCCCGGGGCAAACAGUAGCGUGCCCAUGGGGGUGGGCAAUGUACAGCAGGUGAUGCCCGGGGCGAUAAGUCCCGCCGGCGGAAUGAAUUCAGGGCUGGCCAACCCGGCGAUGGGCAUUCAGUCUCCGCAUCCACCGGGCAUUGGUCUAAAACCGGGAACCCAAACCCCGCCCGCCAAUGUGCUGCAAGUGGUCAAGCAAGUCCAGGAGGAAGCUGCCCGUCAACAAGCGCCGCAUGUUGGCUAUGGCAAAGUGACGCCUGGCCAAGUCGGAGGGCAAAAUAUGCCGCCUCCGCCUAUAGCUCGUAUGGGAGGUCAUCUUAGUGGAGCUCAAGGCGGAAAUCUACUUCCUAUGGAGCAGUGGCAACAAAGGUAUCCGGGCGGCGUAGGUCCGAGCAUACGACAACCUGCGGGUCAACCAAUGCAGCAGGGCGCCGCAGGAGUAGGUGCCGGUCAAAUGGGACAGCCUGGGCCGCCGAAUAUGCAAGCGACUGCUGCCGGUCAACCCGGUGUCGCGGGAUUAGUGAGACCCGGCGCGACGGGGGCCUCACCUAACGCGGUAGGCCCAAUGGGCAGUACCGUUAGCGCCGCGGGUAACAUGCUUCAGAAGCAGGCGUUGCAGCAGCUCAUGCACACCUUAAGGUCACCACAUAGCCCCGAACAGCAACAGCAGAUCCUGUCGAUACUCAAGGCCAAUCCGCAGCUGAUGGCGGCAUUUAUCAAGCAGCGGCAGGCCCAAGCUCAGCAAAUGCAAGGAGGUGGCGCGAAUCCCUCCCAACAACAACUCCAACACAUGCUGAAUACGCAGAAUCCUGCUGCCCAGCAGCAGCACCCUAAUCGCAUGGCGACCAUCCAAGGUGGCCUGUUGAACCAGGCCCAACCGAGUCUGCCUCAGGGACCGGGCGGUCCCGGUCAACCUCUGACGCAGCAGCAGCAACAGCAACAGCAGUGGUACAAACAUCAGCAGCUCUUGGCGAUGCAAAGGCAACAGCAACAACAGCAGCAGCAGCAAGUGGCCCAGCAGCAGGGAUUCCAACAGCCGGGCGCGUGUUCUUCCUACCAGCAGAGGUUGCCCGCGAUCAGGCAACCCCACAUGGGCUACAAUUCGUUUGGGGAGCAGCAGUACUCCCCAAUGCAGGGUCUGAAGCCGACACCGCCGCCUGUACAGUCGCCUCAGGGCGUCAUGGGACCACCGCAAGGUCAGGGAAUUUCGUCAGUACAGCAACAACUCAUGCAGAGCGUGCGCAGCCCGCCCCCCAUAAGAAGUCCGCAACCGAGCCCAUCGCGACCUUCCGUAUCGCCACGAAACCAGGCUGUGUCGAGCCCGCGAGGGCCCCAACCUUCACCUCAUGAUCUCGCAUCUUCCGAAAUGUUACUGGGCCAAAACCACACGAGCACGCUGCACCCACACGCUAGUCCAGCCGGAACGGCCAGUCAAGACAGCGAAGUACCUCCCAUGACCCCUCAGGAUCAGUUGAGCAAAUUCGUGGAGCAGCUUUAGUGGUGCCGGGCGCUGUUAGCCUCAUAUAAUACGGUCCCGAACGAAUGACUGUCCAGCUGGUGGAAAACCUUAGGGUCAGUCAGGAUGCAAACCAUAAAACUAGCUAUGAGUAGCUAGGAUAAAGUGACAGCAAGUUGAAAAAAAUAGAAAAACAAAUUGGAGUGAUUACUGUACAAACCAUGUCAUGAUAACGAGUGAUAAGUUACGAGCAGCUGAGAAAAUGUAUAUAUUAUAUAUUGUGUAGUAUACGGGAAACACUUUGAAAUUUUUGUAAAUAUGUUUCAUACAAACUGUACAUUUUUAUGUAUAAUUUUUAGCAAUUUAACUGUAAACGAAGAGAGAAUACCUAAAAGUAUUUUGGGCUUUGCGAGGCUGUGUUUUAAAUAUGGAUUGUUACCCCGCCCACUAAAGGCAUAGCUACGCAACUAUUUGCUCGUUUUAUACUAUGUGACUUUUUUUUAGUGAAGCUGUAUAGUAAAAGAUAGAUUCGUAAGUACUGACUGCGUGUCGGUUGCUAAUAUGUGAUGGCGGUCUCAUCCCUUAUCUGGAUGUUGAACACCUGUUUGUUUUUAUAUAAUAUAUUUAUAAUUUAUAUAUAUAUCAUCUGUUUUUCAUGUGUUACAUUCCACAAGAGAGCCGUUGUGGAGUGCGUGUGCGAGAGUGCUGGCCCCGUGACAAUCUUAUCCAAGCCAGUGCAAUAAAAUGAUUUAAAAAGAGGAAAACUUAUUCAACACUCCCUCCUAAUUUAUUAUUUGAACAUACAACUAUAAUUAGAUUUAAGUAUUAUAUAAAAGAAAAUAUACAACAUUUGAAACCUUACUAUGCACUUUUUCCUUUUUUUUUUUCUUCGUGUUAUUCAUUCUGCAAAUAAUUUAAUGGACCUAGCCGAAAUAUUGUUGUUUAGGCAAAGGUAAGUACUUUGUAUGGAGAAUACUGGAGGAAUAUAAGAAAGAAACAAAACCCCAAUAUUUAAUUUUAUUUCCGCAUGCCCUUUCUGUUGGUGAAACCUAUUAACCCUUUAAAUAUAAAUAUUCUUCAUGAUGAUAAGAAGUUGUAUGUGGAUUAUACGAAAUAUACAUUAUUGUCUUUAGACUCCAAUCAGCAUUUGCCUGAAAAUGUUCUACUUUAGGUAAAAAAAGGGCUUAGUAAUCAAUAGGUGAAUACCAAUAUUGACUUAUAUUCCUCAUGGAUUAAAGCACUCGAAAAAAUAGGAUCCAUUGUAUACAGUGCCUAUCUGUUUAUUUUUUGACCCAAUAAAAUGUUUAACUGUACUGAAAAAUUAAAAUAUUUUAAAAGUGAAUAAAAAAGUGUCUGAGCCACUUUCAACUCUCCAUUGCAUUGGAAUAUCAAUAUGCAGCUAUUGUAUUCAAAAAAUUAAAUAAUUGAAGGCAAAUAAUGUAUAUGGUCAAAUGACCAAUGUCAAUGACAAACAUCCCCCAUUUAAAAUAUUUACUUUUGGGAAAUGUUAUUGUACGCAGUC